AUGUUGUUACGACCGAAUACUUCGGAUUUUAUGAAUGGAUCGAUUUAUAGUGGUUAGUUUUGAUGGCAGUUGGGCAUCGACUAAAUGACAUUUUAAGGUUUUUUUAACAAGCGAGUUGAAAUAUUGGGUGUUAAUUUUAUUCAUAGGAUAUAAUGGUCUAUGAUGAGCAGAAUGAUAUAAAUUUUGAUGAUUUUACGUUAUCCAUAAGUGAUUUAGCAACGUUUAGUCGGAAUUUAGUCGCUAAAUCGUCGGAAUUUAGUCGCUAAAUCACUUAUGGAUAAGGUAAAUUCAUCAAAAUUUAUACCAUUCUGUUCGUCUUCGACCAUUCUAUCAUAUGAAUAACAUUAGAACCCAAUAUUUCAACUCUCUUGCUUAAAAAACCUGAAAAUGGCAUUUAUUGAUGAUAUCACCGAAUAUGCGGGAAAAAGUGUGGAAAAACAUCCGGAUAUAUUGUUUCGUUCAAGUGUCUUUUUUUAAUCUAUCUAUUUAUUUGUUUGUUUUGUUCAUCCACACACUUCUCCCUCAUUUUCAAAAAUUCUUCUCCCAACACACGCUAAUUUCAGACGGAGUCGAAUCUCGUGCUUCACGAAUUCGUGCGGCAAUGUUUCCCGAUUGGACCCCUCCAGUUUCGGCUGCUAAUCCAACAACAUCAACUAGCAACAUUGUUGAAUUGGUGAGUUCAGAAACAAUUUUGUUUGAUGGGUCGAAAUUUGACACCUUUUUGGUUGGCAACACACAUUUUAGGCGGGGCUUGACACAUAAGAUUAUCCUUUUUUGGAGGAAGAAAACAUUUUGAUUGAUUAGUUCGGUUUAUUUCGCGUUCGUUCAUUGAUUAGGUGUUCGUUUCGGGUUUUUAGUGUGUGUAAGUGAAAUAUUUAGAUUUUAAAAUAACUGGAAUAAUAAUUUCAUACAUAAAUUUGGUCCUCCGAACCAGAUGAAUCUGGAUAUUUGGGUAAAUUCGCACAAAAAUUUUCAAAAGCUCUACUGCACAUUUUUAAAAUCAGUUUUAUCCAGCGGGAUUUUAAAAUCUGAAAUUCGGAGCGAUUUCGAAAUCACUAUGCAUCAUUUUUAUGCGUAAAUUUUUAUUAGAUUCCCGCCCAAAUCAAAAUUUUAAAUAAAAAUUCGUGGGCAAAUUAUUGGCCGAAAAUUAAAAAAAUUCCCUCACCCCAAUUCUGGGGACCCAUUUUAUGUAUGAAUAUUUUAUAGGCAAGUUGAAUAAUUCCUAAUUAUAGAUGCAAAUCCCAACUCGUCAACUGAAAGACGCUGUAAUGACUCUAUUGACUUAUGAAGGAUCAAAUGACAUGACUGGGCUUUCUCUUCCGGAUUUGGUUGAAUUAAUGUGUGAUCAUGAUGAUGCUGUAGUUGCACGAGCUGUCAAUCGAGUGUAUUUGUUGUCGAGAGAGGAUCCGAGUAUUGCACAAAAUCCGAGGAUUAUUGAGGCGCUGAUCAAUGCUUCGAGGUUGGUUUUUGACUUUUUUUUUUGACAGUUUGCUGUUCAUCUUAGAAGGGAACUCUUCCUUUCUCUCUAAAUUUUUAACAAAAUAUAUAUUUUCUAGUAGUUUUGGAGCCGCUGAUCACGAUUUCUUCGUCUAAGAUAGCAAAACUCAACUCCUGAUAUGAGUUAUGACGUGGCAACGUUCGAAAAAUCGGGACUUCAGGAGCUGAAGCCUAGAUUUGCAUGAAAAUCAUUUUUGAUCUAGUUUUCAGCUUCUGAAGUCCCGAUUUUUCGAAAAUUUCGUACUUUGUCACGUCAUAACUCAUAUUAGGAGUUGAGUUUUGCUAUCUUAGACGAAGAAAUCGUUAUCAGCGGCUCCAAAACUACUAGAAAACUUAUAUUUUACUAAAAAUCUGGAGUGAACAGUUCCUUUGAAAAAUUAAUUCAGAAUCAAGAAUGUAACAAUUUUUAUUAUAGUUGUAAUUCGAGUUGGAAAAAAGUGUUUCUGCUAAAUGUUAUCCAAAUCUUGAUUUUGCAGAAGUGAAAAUGUGAAUGUUCGCCGCAAUGCAAUGGGUGCACUAUUCCAUAUGUCUGAACAACGCGGUGGUCCAAUUCUCAUUUUCCGAAGUGGAGGUCUCGCCGAAAUCAUUCGAAUGCUCUACGACCCACACGAGAGUGUUGUUCACUAUGCCGUCACAACUCUUCGCAAUCUUUUGAUGCACGUCGACGCUGCAAAACCGCAAGCUCGCGCACUAAAUGCCAUUGAAGCACUCACUCCGCAUCUCCACAAAUCGAAUCCGAAAUUAUUGGCACAAGUGGCGGAUAGUUUGUAUUUUCUGCUCAUCGACGAUAUUCCAUCCAAAGAAUUGUUUUUGUCGUUGAGCGGACCACAAAUUUUGGUGACAAUUUUGAGAGCCUAUCCAGAACACCGAAAAUUGAUGUACACUGUGAUUCGAUGCAUUCGAUCGCUAUCGGUUUGUCCCAGAAAUAAACCCGCAUUGAUUAGUUUGGGAUGUUUGCCAGCUUUGUAUAAUGAAUUGUGUAGAGCAACUGAUGAAAGAUCGCAAACUGCAAUUUUGGUUGCGAUGAGAAAUUUAUCCGAUGCUGCGACAAAUGAGGAAAAUCUCACACCUUUGGUUUGUUUUUUUAAAAUUUAUUCUCAAAAUUUUCUAUUUAAAAAAAGUUUCUAGAGCAUUUUUUAAGGUUUCUAGAGCAUUUUUAAAGGUUUCUAGAGCAUUUUUCAGAUUUCUAGAGCAUUUUUAAAGUUUCUGGAGCGAAAAAAAAAUUUCCAGGUUAUAAAAUUAUUGGAAGUAAUUCGAACAACAAAUGAUGGAAUGACUGCGUGUGCUUGCGGAAUAUUGUCAAAUUUGACGUGUAACAACAUGCGAAACAAACAAACAGUUUGCUCACACGGUGGAAUCGAUGCUCUUGUCACUGCGAUUCGUCGAUUCCCCGAAGUUGAAGAUGCAACUGAACCAGCUCUUUGUGCUCUUCGACAUUGCACCGCGCGACAUUCGCUUGCCGAAGAAGCUCAAAAUGAAUUGCGACUUUGUCAAUCAUUCCCAGUUAUUCUUGAUCAACUUGCAACACUGAGAACUCCGGUUAUCAAAGCGACUCUGGGAGUUAUUCGGAAUUGCGCACUUUUGCCGGCGAAUUUGAUCGAAUUGACGCAAGAAUUGACACCGGCUGGAGAUUCGGCAAUCACAUUGACGGUUGAUAUUUUGAGACGAGCUGUGACCGCGAUUGACGAGAAUCCGAAUAUUGAAGUUGAUGGUGUUCCGAUGUGGGGUGUUGUUGAGGGAGCUGUCUCGGCAUUACAUCAAUUGGCCAAUCAUCCUGGUGUUGCAGCGGCUUGUUGUGAUGAUCGAGGAGAAAUUGGAAAUCCACAACAUCCGCCAUUUUUGGAUUUGAUUGUUAGAUUACUCGCCAGACCAGAGGUAAAUCAAUAUUUUCCGGUUUUUUUCCACAGAAAAUUCCAUUUUCCGGUUUCUGGAAAGUGAUUUUUAAUAGUUCAAGAUCGCCCAAUUUUUUAAAAAAAAGUUUCAAAAUUUUCUGAUUUUUGGAACUGGAAACGUUUGUAUAUGGACAAACUUCUGAAGUUUAAAAUUUGAAGACUUUGAAAAUUUUUCGGAUUUUCUGGCAAAAAUGCAAGGGGACUAGGAUGUAAACUUAGUCCCCCUGUUGUUUUUUGAGAUUUUGAAAUUUUUCUUGAGCUCACGGAGAACCAGUUUAUUCAAGUGAUCAACUUUCAUUUUAGAACAAAAAAAUCAGAAAUUUUCUUUUUCUCGAGUUUCAUCUUUCCGACACAGACCUGUCUUACAGAAAAAUGAUUAUUGUCAGGUCGCUUCAAAUGAAGAUGAACUUCUCGAACGAGAACUCCUCGGUCUACUCUACCAACUCAGCAAACGUCCAGAUGGCGCAAGAGCUGUUGAGGAUACUGGAGUCACGUCGAUUCUUAUCGACGCGCGUGGAUCACCACACAAAGCUGUUGCCACUUAUGCGAAUGGAGUUUUGAAUAAUUUGAAAAGGGAUGAACGAGAAUUCCAUAUGGUCAAUGUGAGUAAUUGGAAAAUUAAACAUAUUUUUCUAAAAAAAUAAUAAAUUUCAGUCCUACGAUUAUGAAACUGGAAGUGGAAAUGAUUGGCAAAGAGAUGGAUUGGAAAGGGAGUUAUUCGCUGAAAUGUAUCCAACAAAUGAUGGUGGACAUUCGGAAUCAAUAAAUGCUGCAUUAAAUAAUUCUUCUCAUCAUUCUCACCAACAAAAUAAUUGGUAUGAUACUGAUUUAUGA